UGGAUGAAAACACACUGAGGAACUUUUAAACAUGUUUUAAACACGUUUAAACUGCUGAGUAGAGUUUGGUUUUAUUUGUGUUGAUUUCAUUUGCAUGUCAUUUGUUUCAUUUACUCAAACCGCAGUUUUAUGGGAUUAAUAAUGACAUUGAAUAAUGGCGCUUAUCUUUAUAACCAUACAGUUUUAUGAGCUUCAUUAAUGUAGGCAAACUCAUGUUCAGUGUCAGCAUGGACACUUCAUUCACACACAUGCACUGGGUCGCCAUAAAAAUCUUCAAAGUAGUAAUAAAUAUGUCACUCUGGAGACCUGUGAGUGUUGAUAUGUUUUAUUCUUAGACAUAUGCUUGCUAGCAAUGCAAGUAGUAUUUGUUUUGUAAUCUCUAAAGCCUGUAUUUUUCUGCUAAACGCCGUGUGUUUCUCCCAUAAACACAGGUAACCAUCUCACAUGCUUAAGACGACAGUUUGGAAUUUUCCACCACGCACUCAAAGCUGUUACACAAGUCAUCUACAUAAAUCAUCUGACCGCUGUGGUGGAGUACAGCCGGAGCGAAACGCUGGAACCAACAUCAGACCUGCAGAGACUUUCUAAAUCAUCUGCACUCUUCUACAUUCUUUUCCUUUCUUUUGAAUAUCCUAAACUUUUUCUAAACUUUUCCAAAAAAAUCAUAUUGACUUCUUAAAUCUCUUUUAAAUCAUUUAAAAUGUUUUCUUCCCAGUUCUUCCAAACUUUCUGAAUACCUCUAAAAUCAUUCUUAGUGUCUGGACGCAACUAUACAUUAGGUUUCUCACCAACUUCUAAACUUUCCCUGCUUUUCUAAAACUUCUACAAUUUCUGAAUUGAACUGAACUUUUCUGAACACUUCCAUAUUUUUCCAAACUCGUCUUUAGCUGCUGGAGAAAUGCUCCAGGUUUCUCCAAGCGUCGAUUUCUCCAGCCUCGGUCCGGUGGAGCUGCAGAGGGCGCGAGGGUCAGAUGGCUGUCAAAGGCUUCGUUCUUGUUCCCUUUUUGAGACGUCAGAUCUGACCGAGUUCCAAAGAAACUUCCUCAGACCUCGGUCCAGAUCCUUCUACAUGUUCGAUCAAAACGAAAACAGCGAAGACCAGCAAGCUUUUCAGGUGGACGCUGAUAAACACGACAACAGGAGAAACGUUCACAACAAACCGGCAUCGAAAAAAUCCACAGCAGGAAUAAACAAACAUCUGAGUAAAGAUCAUGGAGGUACAAGAGGAAACUGUAAAAACAUCCCGAUGUUGACCAUCACAGAGCCAGACAGCUGGGAGAUCAGCUCGUCUUCUGGCAUGAAAUACGGUCACUAUGUGGACUGGGAGAAAAUCGAACCAGAAGCCGCCGCUCGCUUCCAGAAAGUUCUCUGCAGUGAUUAUUCUCAGCUGAAAGAAAUGGCUCGCUCGGGAUUCUGGGUGACGCAACACACACUGCAUGCCAAAUCCUACCAACAGCUCAUACACCGCAUCGAGUGUACGUCCAGCGCCGAGGACUCGGAGACGUAUCGCUACCUGGCAGCCAGGAUGUUCGAGGAGCGCGGGAGGAGCACGCAUCCUUUCCCCAAGUUCAUGAAGGAUGGUGAGAUCCCUCGCUACUGCCUGAACAAAUCCGGCCUGAACUCGGUGAAGAAGAUCCUCCUGUGUGUGAGCGAGAACUUCCCAGAAAUGACAUUUUGCCCCAUUUUGCCAGCUUUGGUGUCUCUGCUGCUUCACUACAGUGAGGACGAGGCUCAGUGCUUCCACAGCAUCUGCUCGCUCGUGAUAUACACAGAUCCACAAAAGCGCUACAUCGAUCAGAACUUUGUUACCACCCACGCGUCCUGCAUGACCUUCGGUGACUUAGCCAACAAGUACUGCCGGGGAAUCCGUAAGCUAAUCGCUAGCUCCCAUCAGAGCCUCUUCGAGUUCUACUCCGACUGGAUCAUGUGGAUUUUCGCCGACCUGCCUUUCAGCUACGCCGUCCGAGUGCUGGACGUCUACCUGGUCGAGGGCUACAAGGUUCUGUACCGCGUGGCUUUGGCGCUCCUCAGCCUCUACAAGGUCUCUGUGAGCUCUCGAGUGGCCCAUGUAGAAGAUUUCAAGCAGGACAUGAAGAGGUUUGUGGAGAACGUGAGCCGUCACAGUAGCAUCGAGGCUCUGCUUCAGAGAGCUUUUAGCAUCCAGCUGCCUACACGCAAGGAGCUCAACUUCCUCUACAAUGCCAACAAGCAAGCGCUAAUACGGAAAGGGAUCGAGCACAAGAGCUCUUACCAGAGUGUGGAUUUGGGGUGUUUUCGCUCCAGUGUGGUGUCUGAGAUGGAGAUGCGAGUGGUGUGGGCCUGGAUUCCCGAGCGCUUCGCUCUCUUCGCUCCGGAACGCCUCUACAGCGCCGAUGAACACGGCAGAGACCUCACAUCGUUUUAUGCCCGUGUUGAAGGCCACGAGCCGACGGUGCUGCUCCUGAAAACAGUGGAUGAGGAGGUAUGUGGAGCGUUUUUGUCCUCAGACUGGACUCUGAGGAGGCGUGAGGGAGCGGAGCUGCAGUUUUUCGGCACUGGAGAGUGUUUCGUCUUCACGCUGAGGCCAGCAAUGGAGCGAUACCAGAAAACUGUGCUGCACAUCUCAGGGAUGACAGGAAUGAAGGAAUCCUCUACAUCUUCCUCUUCCUCUUCCUCAGCUUCCACUUCCUGUGAUGCGAUGACAUCAUCCUGCACCGUCUGCCCCGCUGUGACCCCUCGCUUCAUGAGCGGAGACGACGAGAAGUUGUUUAUCGGUGGAGACGGGGGACACGCUCUGUGUCUCGGUGCAGGUCUCACAGCGGGACAGUCUGAACGCUGUGACACUUUCGACAGUCCUGUCCUCUGCAGGGGCAAAUUCAGGAUCCAGAGUCUGGAAGUUUGGGGAAUUCAGUAUGGUCCAUUUUAAAGAGAGCACACACACACACACACACACACACUAAAGUUGAUGCUAAUUUAUUCUGAACAUGUUUUAUGAUCUGUGAAGGUCAUGUGUAACUUAUUUAUAGAGUUUAUUUAUUCUACUGAACAUGUAGUGGAGUGGAAAUACACGCAGCUAUUAUUAUUAUUAUUAUUAUUAUUAUUAUUAUUAUUAUGUGACAAAUGGAGUACAUGAAUCACUAUAACACCGACCAUUUCAGUGUUUUUUUUAAACUCUUUCUUCAGACAUCAUCUGAUUUCAUCAAUAAAACACAAGCUCAGUUAUAUCAUAACUAUUAUGUGCUCUUAUUGUGUUAUUGUGUUUUCUAAGAUUUCUUUUUUUUUACAACUUGUAUUUACUUUAUACACAAUGAAUAAAAGUAGAGUAUUUAAAACUCUCUCUGUGUGUCUGUAAGCUGUGAUGCUUCUGAUCAAUUCCAACAAAAACAGAUGAUGUUACCUCUGUGCAUUAGUUAUGUCCCUCUGCUUCUUAUUUCUGUCUAUCUCUCUAUCUCUCUAUCUACAGUCCCCUCUAAAAAUAUUGGAACAGCAAGGUUAAUUCUAUUUUUUCACCCUACAUUGAAGUCAUUUGGGUUUGCGAUCAGAAGAUGAAUUUGAGACGAUAGAUCAGAAUUUCAUUUUUUUUCAAGUCAUCAAAAAUAUUGGAACAUGUGACUUGCUACCCAGGUGAGCUCUGUUGGAUUGAUUGUCUAAACAAUUAAUAGCUUUGAAUGUCUACUCUUGAUUUUAGCCCUGGGUUUCACCUGUGAAGACUGCAUUUGUUGUUAAAAAGGAUAAACCAACAUGAAGACCAGAGAGCUGUCUAUGGGAUAAAAGCAAGCCAUUUUGAAGCUGAGAAAAGAGGAACAAGCAUUGGGCAUAGCCAAUACAACAAUUUGGAAAGUCCUGAGAAAGAUAGAAAUCACUGGUGUACUAACAACAAGACAUGGAACAGGACGGCCAAGGAAAACAACAGCAGUUGAUGGCAGAAACAUUGUGAGAAGUGUGAAGAAAACCCCAAAAAUAACAGUGAGUGACGUCACCAACAACCUCCACAGGGCAGGGAUGAAGGUAUCACAAUCCACCAUUCGCAGAAGAGUUCGAGAGCAGAAAUAUAGAGGCCACACCACAAGAUGUAAACCUCUCAUCAGCAGUAAGAGUCAGAAGGUCUGAUUAGAAUUUACAAAGAAAUACAGAGAUGAACCAUUAAAGUUCUGGAACCAAAAUUAACCUCUACCAAAGUGCUGGAAAGACCAAAGUGUGGAGAAAGAAAGGAUCUGCUCAUGAUCCAGAACAUCCAAGCUCAUUAUUAAAGCAUGGUGGAGGUAGUGUCAUGGCUUGGGCUUGCAUGGCUGCUUCUGGAACAGACUCACUAAUCUUUAUUGAUGAUGGAGCUCAUGAUGGUAGCAGCAGAAUGAAUUCAGAAGUCUACAGAAACAUUCUGUCUGACAAUUUACAGAGAACUGCAACCAAUCUAAUCAGGAGGAACUUCAUCAUGCAGCAAGACAACGACCCAAAACACCCUGCAACACAACAAAGCACUUCAUCAGGGGAAAAGUGGAAGAAGGUUUUAGACUGGACAAGUCCAUCAGCAGACCUUAACCCAACUGAGCAGCAUUUCACCUCCUGAAGAGGAGACUGAAGGGAGAAACUCCACAAAACUAACAACAACUGAAAGAAGCUGCUGCUACAAGCCUGGAAAAGCAGCACAGAAGAAGAACGCAACAGGUUGGUGAUGUCAGUGGAUCACCGGAUUGAUGCAGUUAUUGCAAGCGAGAGAUACGCAACUAAAUAUUACGUGUUAUUUACGUUAAGACUAUCUGUUCCAAUACUUUUGCUCACCUAAAAAUCGGGAGGUCUGAUUCAAAAGGUGCCGUGUUCUAAGUUGUUUAACACGUCUAGGUGUAAAUAUCAGGAAAUGAGGCUGAGAUUCU